GGCAUUCCGGAGAGCAUCGGCGCGCUGAAGGAGUUGAGCCGCCUGCACCUGCUCAACAUCUCGUGCGCGCUGCCCAACGUGGGGAAGGAGUGGCGCAAGCUGGAGGAGGUGCACCUGGAGGAAGUCAGCGCGGACCACCUUCUGCCCAUCUCCAUCGCGUCUCUCGCGCUCCUCACCAUCCGCCGGUGCCGCUUCCUCCGUGCCCUCCCCGACGACAUCGACACGUCAUCGACGCGGCAGCGAGGUGAAAGGCGCCUCGACGAUCUCGAGCUCGCGAAGGGCUGGCGCCGUGUCGAUGUCGUCGGGGAGGGCGCGGAGGAAGCAGCACCGGCGGAAGGUGAGGUGCGCGAGAGACGCAAGGGAGAUGGGCAGGGGGUGGUCUGCGCUGACUUCCUCCAGGUGCACCUCCUCCAGCUUGCGCCACUCCUCCCCCACGUUGGGCAGCGCGCACGAGAUGUUGAGCAGGUGCAGGCGGCGCAACUCCUUCAGCGCGCCAAUGCUCUCCGGAAUGCCCUCCAGAUGCGAGUGCUUGCCCACACCGCUUUCCCCAUCUUCCCGGAAUCGCUCGAGAGUGCACGGGAGCGUUUCAUGCAGGCCUUUGAUGACGUGGCAGCGCUCUUCCCCAGCGACAACAUCCUCUGCGUGACACAUGGCGACGCCGUAGCGGCCAGCGUGGAACGCUUAGCGCCCGUCACCGUCGUCGCUGUCGAUUUCUUCGGCUACUCCUGGUCGCAGCGCCGUGCUGCACCGCUCUACACCCAUCCCAACCGCCUCCACCAUGAUUCUCACCACUCGCACCACCAUGCCUCCCUGCCGCCACUGCCCCCGCCCCCGCCCCCGCCCCCCACUCCUGCGAACGAGCCUGAGAGUCUUGAUGGUGAGGAGGCAGGGGUGGGGGGAUCCAGACAAACUGUGUCAGCCAGUUUUGCCGCAGCUGUAGUAGCAGCAGGUUUGGAGACCGAGGCUGCUGCUGUGGCGGCGGCGGCUAUAGCGGCUGUAGCGGCUGUAGCAGGGCUACAGAUUAGCAGACGAGGUGGGCUGGGUGGUGUGGUGGAAGAGGGGGAAGAGGAGGUGGAAGGGGAGGAAGGUGGGGACGGUUCGGACGGCAGGAGUGGGGGAAAGCAGGGGGCGUUGAGUGACAGUGUGGUGAUUGUAGGGGGGUCGACGGCUUCUGAUAUAAGCACGCACGAGAGUGAGGACGACGAUAAGGACACAGUAAACAGCAGCAUUGACGUGGGGCCUUCGCUCUCCGAGGUGGCUGAAGGGGAUGAGGAGGGGGAGGAGAGGGGGGCGGGGGAGGAGGGAGAGGAGGUGGGGAGUGAGAGCGGGCAGGAGGGGUUGGGAGGGAGAGGGAGAGGGGAGGCGAGGAGGGGGGGAGGGAUGGAGGUGGGGGAGUGGGAGCUGCUGACGAGUUCCGGGUCCACUGGAGUGUGCUGGAUCUCCAACAUCGCUCUUGCUGCAAGGGAUGAUGAAACACCCACCAAGGGGCUGGCUUCCUAG